AUGCCCCCAUUUCGCCCCAAGAACUGUAAACGUGGCCAGCAUCCAACCAACAAACAGGCAAACAAAUCGAUUCUGUUGCCAGAAUUGUUGGCCGCUUUAUUUGCAGCAGCGCAACCAACGUAUGGGCCAGUGGCCAAGCCCAUACAGUCUUCGACUGCGGAAAGAGCAUUAUCGUCCUUCUCCUCCUUUUCACCCCAUCUGCUCCUCUUAGUCUUGGGAUCAGGUAUGGGUGCCGUUCCCUCGAUAAGCGAACCCCGGAAUCUUGGCUGCUUGGCGCGGAAAAUCAGGCCUGAGUCUGCCCAACCGACAGACCUGGUGGACACACUCACUUCACACCGGAUAUGA